CAGCUGCUGCAGCCCGCACCGCGCCUCGGCCGCGGCUCCCGGGGCGAGCCGGAGCACGGCCGGCAGCCCGCGGCGCGGCGGCCCCGAAGAAGGGAAAGUUCCCGGCCCAAGCGCCGAGAUGCCGGGCAGCGACACGGCGCUGACCGUGGACCGGACCUACUCGGACCCCGGCCGGCACCACCGCUGCAAGAGCCGGGUAGAACGUCAUGACAUGAAUACCUUAAGCCUGCCCCUGAACAUACGCCGAGGAGGGUCCGACACCAACCUCAACUUUGACGUACCAGAUGGCAUCCUGGACUUCCACAAGGUCAAACUCAGCGCAGAGAGCCUGAAACAAAAAAUCCUAAAGGUAACAGAGCAGAUAAAAAUCGAGCAAACAUCCCGCGAUGGGAAUGUUGCCGAGUAUCUGAAACUAGUCAGUAGCGCGGACAAGCAGCAGGCUGGACGAAUCAAACAAGUCUUUGAGAAGAAGAAUCAGAAGUCAGCUCACUCCAUUGCUCAGCUGCAGAAGAAAUUAGAGCAGUAUCACAGAAAGCUCAGAGAGAUCGAACAGAAUGGAGCCUCCAGAAGCUCAAAGGACAUUUCCAAAGACAACCUGAAGGACAUACAGCACUCUCUGAAAGAUGCCCACAUGAAAUCUCGGACUGCUCCCCACAGCAUGGAGAGCAGUAAAUCAGGCAUGCCAGGGGUAUCCCUCACUCCACCCGUGUUUGUUUUCAGUAAGUCCAGAGAGUUUGCCAAUUUGAUCCGGAAUAAGUUUGGCAGUGCUGAUAAUAUUGCUCACUUAAAAAAUUCCUUAGAGGAGUUUAGGCCUGAGCCGAGCACCAGGGCCUACGGGGGCAGUGCCACCAUCGUGAACAAGCCCAAAUAUGGCAGCGACGACGAGUGUUCGAGUGGCACGUCAGGCUCGGCUGACAGUAACGGGAACCAGUCCUUUGGGGCUGGUGGAGCCAGCACACUGAACAGCCAGGGGAAGCUCACCAUGAUCCUGGAGGAACUGAGGGAGAUCAAGGACACCCAAGCACAGCUGGCCGAGGACAUCGAGGCAGUGAAGGUGCAGUUUAAGAGAGAGUAUGGUUUUAUUUCUCAGACCCUGCAAGAGGAGAGAUACAGGUAUGAGCGACUGGAAGACCAGCUGCAUGACCUGACAGACCUGCAUCAGCACGAGACUGCCAACCUGAAACAGGAGCUGGCCAGCAUCGAGGAGAAGGUGGCCUACCAGGCCUCCGAGCGCUCGCGGGACAUCCAGGAAGCCCUGGAAUCGUGCCAGACACGCAUUUCUAAGCUGGAGCUCCACCAGCAGGAGCAGCAAGCUCUGCAGACGGACACCGUGAAUGCCAAAGUUCUCCUGGGGAAGUGCAUAAAUGUGAUCCUGGCCUUCAUGACCGUUAUCCUCGUGUGUGUGUCCACCGUCGCAAAGUUCGUCUCGCCCAUGAUGAAGAGCCGCUUCCACAUUCUUGGCACCUUCUUUGCAGUGACUCUUCUUGCAAUCUUUUGUAAAAACUGGGACCAUAUUCUGUGUGCCAUAGAAAGGAUAAUAAUACCAAGAUGAAGCCACUGGUUCCUGCCUUCAAGUUCUUUGAAGUUUUAAUUUAAAGAAAACUCUGUGCAUACUACCAAAUUCUAAAAGGAACAGUUGUACCAACAAGAUUACAAGGACUGGGGCUGUGUGGUGUUAAUAACUAUGAUUCUCCUCAUCGGUAGCAGUUGCCAGCUCAGUCCCCCUACUUGGUUAACAUGAAUCUGUUUCAGAGCUUUCCCAUGUUGCUCACUGCCUUAACCAGACCAGAUUUCCUGUUUACCUGACCAGCCCAGCAUGGUAAACCCUUCUGUUUAUUGAGCACUUGGCAUAAUUAGUGACCCAGAAGAAAAAGGAGUCUCUCUCUGUCUCAAAUCUCUGUUAGAACUGAGCGUCACUAUUGCUAGGGUUGUGUUUUCCCCAAGUGCUGUAAAUAGCAGGGGUAUGACAUGGUCCGGAGAAAUGAGGAACGCAGGCAUUGGCAGUGUUGAACACUAGUGGCCUGUGGAAGUACAGAAAAUCCCAGUGUAAUCCGUCCUGCCUGUCCACAGAUGACCAAGGUCUCAUUAUGUACUUAGUGUCCAUAGUGGUCCAUUGCAUGUGAUCCCAUAACAUGGAAAUCCUAUAACGUACCUGUUUAUCCAAAAAAAGUCUACUUAGGGAUUUUGUUGCACUUUAAAUGGUAAAACAAAGAUUUUCAUGAAGGGGGCUCUCUCUCUCUCUUAUACCUGGGGAACCACACACCUGAUUCCAUCUUAGCUGGCUGGCAGAUGCCCUGUCUUCACGCCAUGCAGACACUUCCAAAUCCCGCAUCAGACCGUGGCUUUCACAUUAACGUGCGGUCCUCUGAGCGCUCCUCCAGAGGCUUGUGCUGUGGCCCAUCUUCAUCGUGACAGCCCUGUGGGGUACAGUUCACCUCAUUCACAGGUCUGUGAGGACUGCAGCGCUUACUUGGGAAACGCAAACAUGUCAUGCUCCUGUUGCAGGCUUCCCCUGAAGAGGAUGGCAGCCGUAGUUUACACAGCUGAAGUGUGCUGAGGUGACAGCACUGGCAGUAUGAGGGAACUAUGACAUUUGGUCUGAUUGGAUGGUGGCUAGAUUAAUUAGUGGGAGCAGUUCACCUGGAUGAAGACUGAGCAGGUCCUCUCGGGGAUGUGACAGGCCAGCAGGAAUGAAAUAAAUUAAGUCCACUGUUUGAGCCAAGGUUGCCAUCUGUCCCUUAGGAUCUUACUGAAAAUAAGUUCUAAGGUAACAGGAUGGCCACCGUUCCACUGAGGUGAAAGCAUUCGAAAGUUAACAUGCAGUUGGUUAGAGCGUGGUGCUGAUAACACCAAGGUCCUGGGUUCAAUCCCUGUACCGGUCAGCUGCCAAAAAAAGAAAGAAAAAGUUAAUGUGCCUGUUGUGGAGGUGCCAUGCACUGUCUUCAGCCUAGAUGAUACUUUCCUUUAAAUCUGUUUCUCUGUGUGUAACAGAAAAGAAGACAGAUUUUAAUGUAAACUGCUAUUGAGCCCCUCCUGCCACCAUGACUGCCAUUUGCUAAAGGUGUAAAGACGCAUGUUAGUGUACGUUCCAGAAGACAUCAAACUCCUGUAUUUACAUUAAGUGCAAUAUUUUGCAAACAGCUGUUCUUAGGGAAAUCUCCCCCCCCCCCCAAAAAAUGUGACAGUGUAUGCCACAGCUUGAGAAAAAGGAGUAAUUGAGCAUUUAGUACCAAUGUGUAUGAGGGAGACUCAUACAACUCACGCUUGCUUUCUUUUUUAAGUGUACAAUUCAGUGGUUUUAGUAGAUUCACAAACGUGUUCAAUCCAUCACCACUCUCUAAUUCCAGACUCAGGCUUUUGAAAACAAUAAACAACAUUUCAUGAAAUCUUUGGUUUUAAAGUAUAUUGGGUUUAGGAAAGAGGGAGUUACUAGUCCCACCCCCGUCUCAUGGCUGUGUCCCCUUUCAUUGUCAGACUCCCCUGUGGUCUCCCAAGUUGAUGUGUGUACACUGAUCCAUCAAAUCCAAAAAAAUAAAAAGGGGUGCAGGUCCAGGGCCAAGAGGGGGAAGGAACGGCCUACUUCCUUUUGCUUUUACCUUCUAAUGGCCAGCGUCCCCCAUUUGCCUGUGGACAUCAGCCUCCAUAUGGGCUGAGAGCUGGGUGUAACUUAUGCUUUUGAAUCAAGGAAUCAAGGUGGGUCCUGGGCGGGCUCCUCUUCAGAUCUGUGAAUCUUUCCAAGGGGCACUUUGGAUGUGCCGGGGUCUGGGGUGGGUCAGAAUGAGAGAUUUCUAGCCCUUGAGGGUGAGUGGUCCGAGAGGAUCCAAGGAGACUUGGACCUCAUUCUCAUGCCACCACACACCACUCUGUCACUCGGCCUAGACCUUUGCUUUGAUUGACACUUCUCCAAUAUGUGAUGAGUGUGUCUUUUUCCCAGUGACCAAAGUAGAGAGGAAAUGGAAAGCAGCACACUCUGCCCCCACCAGUCUGGAGCUUUAAACAGAAGCUGCUAGAAACAGGCUCCAUUCUGAAAUACCGUAAGUUCUAAAUCAUCCUACCUGAUGGUGAAUUCCUUUUAAUGAAUUCAUGUUUUCACUGACUCUUCUUAAAUGUCAUAUAACCUUGUUUUUACUUGGAUAUAUGCAACCUAAACGGCAUAUAUAUUUUGGAGUCUUGUUGAAAGUUCAUGAAGCUUUUUACUUUUUAAGAUGAUGAUAUACUCCAAGGAGACUUCUCUUUUUAAGGAAUAAACCCUCCUGCUGCUUGUUCUCUGUAAUGUGUAGGGAGAUUCAAUGAAAUUUUAUAUAUAUAAAAUUAAAAAUAGUGAUAUAUCUAUGACAUAUUUUGGAAUUGGAUAUUUAAUUUACAUUUAAAUCCACUAAUCCUUUUUCUGUACUCUUCAUUUGUUGUAAAUUUUUUGUGCCUACCUAAAGAUAAAACCAGUUGUUGGAUGGGAAGCUCCUGGUUACUCAGUGAAUGGUACUGAGUGAUUUAAGAUGCUGGACAUUGGAUUCUAGCUCUGGAAUUUUUGGUGACAUUAUUUUCAUGAUUUCGAGGUUAAUGGUAGUUUGUUGAGGACAAAACAAAAACUUAAAAAUACUUUUGUCAGCUUUGCACUGGUUAUUUCAUCUUAUAUUUUGAGUAUGAUUAAGCCAGGACAAAACCUUCUCCCCCACACAAACUAUUCAAACCCACAACGAUGCAACAACUGAAAGCACUCCAUUGCUAAUUUAGACAGUGAAAACAGGAUUAGUCUUAAGUUUCCAGCAUGCAAGAUUACUGUUUUUGCCUAUAUGAUCCCUAUGAUAGAUGGAAAUUUUCUGAAACUCCUCUUUUCAUGUCAGCCAAUGAUGCUAAUAUCCUUUUCUGUCAAUUAGCUUUCAUGUGAUUUCAGCCCUCUCCUGCUUCUCACUCUUAUUUUCAUUUAAAUAUUGCCGACUAUGUACGUUUAUUGCCCUGCCAUUUCUCUAGCACAUCUGGUUUAAUUAUGGGUUCAAUAGUUGUGAGGGAACUAGCUUCCCUCAGGCAACUAAUUACUUUUGUCCUUUUUGGUUGGAUUUUAAAUACCAAAUCAUUUUGCAUUGAAUGAAAACAUUUUUGUAUUGAAUCCAAAUAUCGUUUAAUUGGUUUGAAAAAACGUUUCACUAUAUUAAUAUGAACAUGUGUGAUUAAACAACCUAUUUUGCAUGUUUCUAUAGUUUUGAGGAGUGGGCUGUGAGGGUAGAAAGGGCAUUUAAAAUUCAGGGCUUAUCUGCAGAGAUGUUUCCAGAAGUGUAACACAUGCAGUAAGGAAGAAGUUGGUCUGAAAAGAUAAAUCACUGAAAAGAAUGAGAUUGGCCAAAUACAUCAAAAGGAGAUAAACAAAAAAAAAAGUACAGUUAACAGAAGCUUGGAAACCCAUAAGAUAUAAAGCAAACUAACCUAUAAUUUUCUGAAGUCAAUAUAAUUCUCUGUUUAUAGAAGCUGGAAAGUAAUGUACCUUGAUUGUUUUAGGGAAGAUUUAUGUGUUGCAGUUUUAAUUUAUUUAAAGCAUGUCUGCUGUGUUUGUCCGACAAGAAAUGCUUCAACAAAUCAUGCUCUGUGUUUAAGAUACAUUUAGGCAGUAGUUAGCAGCUCUGAAAGUAGAAACUGGAAAUGUUUAUUGUGUGGACUUUUGCAGAAUUUCCCUUUUGUGGGAUACUACAUACCUUCAUGUCAACCUAAAGUUGUAAAUUCUCUGUAGAUCUUCACCUCAUGGUGGUGUCAUCAAUGAAUUCAGAGCAGGUGCAUUAUUUUUUUUAAAUAAACACUUGAUGUUAGCUUUGGUGUUAAAUAAAGAGUUUGAUUUCUUAAAUUUU